UCAGUUCCUUAUACAACCCUGUAUUGCGAGGAAUCGCCAGCAAACCAAUGAGCGUCCCGAGUAAGGAGAUGAAGACCCGGUGAUGUCCUUAUCGCCGGGAGCUGUCAGCGUCAUCUUUAUCGUCAGUGGGGCAAUGCUUUAGAAGCCUGGACCUCCAGCCAUCUUCGGCGGGGUCAACUAUCUCCCCUGCUCCCGCGGUCGCGUCGAACUGCAGUGGAGGCGCAUUGAUGCCGCUGGUGAGAACAAGGCUCCGGGACAAGGUUGACGCAAGCUCUGGCGACCCGGUUCGCGAGUCGUUGUUAGCCUCUAACAGCCGGGCUUGCCGGCCUGGCCGCCGUGGUUUCAAUUCCUCCUUCUUCUGCCGACCUGUCUCGCUGUUCUCUCCUCUACUUCAUGCAUGUCAGAACUGCCGUCUUCGUCACUCCUUUCUACCAUUCCCACCCUCCGUAACCGACGUCCCAGCUGUUCGGGGACUUGAACUCCGUAAGGCGCGAUGUCGGGCCUCCGCUCCUGGUUCCGCGGCUCGAACGCUGCGCCGAGUACAAAAUCCUCGAAGACUGCUACUCCCGGGCAGAGCCCGAGGGCGAGCACCUCAUCACUCAAUGGCAACGCCAGGGCAGGUGUUUCCGCCAGGGAACAAGAGGCCAGCGAUGUCGAAGAUGCCAUGGCCGCGGCGGGGCUUAUCAUGAAUGACGACAUCGCCGGCGCGGAAACUCGACUGCGCCUCCGCGAAGACUCGUCCACCUUCCAUCAGCUCGGGCUGGGUGUUGCGACCUUCAUGAAAUCUGUCCUCGGCUUCGAAAAGGAGAUCAUGGCGGAGACGGCGAACAGGCUGAACCAGACGGAGAACAGGGCGUGGAAUGACAUGAAAAAGGCCCAGAAAGGGGCGGAAAGGCCGGCCAACGGGACUGCUGCUGGCCCAGGGACCUCCGUGGAUGGGAGUGGGAGCGCAAUUUACCCGCCCGGCACCGAGUUUGCCCUUGUGCAUGCUGAGGCACAGCUGAUGAACGCCGUGCUGGGGGUCAUGCAUGAAAGCUUGACAGAGGCGCUCAAGGGGUUUUACAAGCUCCGGAAGGCGUACGUCACGUUGGACGGCAUUGUGGAAGCCGAGGCACGGUAUUUGGACUCUAUCGGGCAUGGUGGAGCGAAGAGGAUACCACAGCCGAGAAAACACAGCUUUGCUGAAGACCCAAUGCCGGGCAGUUUCGACGAGUCCGAAUUCGCCGAUCUGGAGGAGGCGCAGACACCCAAAGUCAACGGCAAGGAUCGCAGCGACGGAGGUUUUGUCAACGGAGGCAGAGGAGUAUCAGACGCGGAGAAUACUCAUGACAAAACGGCCGCCCAGGAAGAUGCCGUAGCACUCGAUGAGAAGUUGAGCAAGCUCGCGGUCGCUGAAAACCGCCAGGUAACUGCAGAACCAUGCUCCGUAGAUGGAACACGGACUGCAGAAUCCACGUUGGCGCAGGUGAACAACCAUGGGGCCGACAAGGCGCUCUUCGAGUCACCCGUGGACAUCUUCGUCCACAGCGGCGCGAACAUGUGCUUCGGCGUCCUCCUACUACUUCUGUCGAUGAUCCCUCCAGCUUUCUCCCGCCUGCUAUAUGUUAUCGGCUUCAAGGGCGACCGUGAGAGGGGCUUGAAGAUGCUCUGGCAAUCCGCCAAGUUCCCGAACAUCAACGGGGCAGUGGCCGGAUUGGCGCUCCUCAACUACUACAACACCUUCCUCGGUCUUGCCGACAUCCUCCCGCCCGAACACGACUUGAACGACCCGUCGGCCUCCGGCUCGGACGGCAGCAACGGCAACACGAGCAACGAAAGGGAGCGCGACAUGGUCGGCUACCCAAAAGAGAAGUGCGCCGCCCUCCUCGCCGCCAUGCGGGCCCGCUACCCGGACUCGUGUCUUUGGAAGCUCGAGCAGGCCCGCAUGCUUGCCAACUCACGGCAGCUUGACGAGGCCAUCGACCUUCUCGUCUCCAAUAUGGACGGCAACAUGAUCCAGGUCACGGCACUCAACAACUUCGAGCUGGGCCUGAGCUCCAUGUACGCGAUGAAGUGGCCGUCCAUGAGGGACGCUUUCCUCCGCUGCGUCGAGCUCAACAAAUGGAGCCACGCUCUGUACUACUACAUUGCCGGGGCUGCCGAGCUCGAGAUGUACCGGGACGCGGUCCACGCCGCCGCCGCCUUGUCUGGUGGGGAGGAAAACGAGAAGGAGAAGGAGAUCCUGCGGGCCGAGGCGCAGAAACACAAGAAGCUGGCCGAGGAGUACUUUCGCAAGUCCCCCACGGUCGCGGGUAAGAAGCGCUUCAUGCAGAAGCAGAUGCCGUUCGAGGUGUUUUGCGGCCGGAAGCUGCAGAAGUGGGACGAGCGCGCCAAGGCGUUAGGCUUGGAUCUCGCCGACGCGGUGGCGGUCAGUCCCACGGUGGAGAUGAUCUACCUGUGGAACGGCAGCAAGCGUAUGUCUGCGCAAUACCUGGAGAAGGCCAGGGUGUUGCUGGCGUGGACGCGGUGUACGGCUCCCAAGGAGAAGCUCGCCAAGAUCAAAGAGGAGAAGGAUGAGGUGGCUAUUACGGCACUGGCUGAGUCGGCGUUGUUGAGGCAAUUGGGCAGGGGCGCUGAGGCGAGAGUCUUGGUUGAGCCCCUGCUGACGAUGGAGAAAACUGCGUUCAAAGGCCCUACACGGGAUGACUACUGCCAGGCUGCGGCGCACUACGAAAUUGCUGCGAUCGCGUGGAUGGGCGUGUGCGACCCGGAGUUGUGGCCCAAGGGCACCGUCGAAGAUGUGGAGGCAUUCCGGCGGCAGAAGACAGAGGAGUGCCGCGAGUACCUGGACAAGGUCUCCAAGUGGGAAGGCUUUGUGCUUGAUGCCCGGUUUGGCUUGAGAGUCAAGGCCGGCAUGGAGAUUGUCGAGUGGCUGAGGGUGAAAAGGGGGUGGGCGUGAUCGAGAUCUCAACAAGUUUGUGGGAUGCGCGCCCUCUGUACAUACUCCCCCGGUUCAAAAGGGUCAGCUUUUACGUCUUGGCUUGCAUACGGCAGAGGAAC